AGACCGGGCAUAGCUCUGCGCGAAGGUGCGCGUGCGCACCGUGUGUAAAUAAAUCGCGCGAAAUAUAGAUCGCGCGCGCACUGUGAUAUUAGUUUUACUAUUUGUAUAAAUUAAUACCGCAUUGUAUAAUAUAUGUUAGUACUUUAAUAAUUGACCUUUAUAAAAUAGUUCUUUAAAAGUUAAUGUCAAUAAAUAUUGACACGUGUUGGAUUAAUAGUUUAUGUGACAUUUAAAAGUGUUGAAUUAUAAUUUCGUAAUGGGCUACCGUCGUCGAAGACGAAGAGAUUAUGAUUCGUCGACCGGUCCGUGCGCGCCGGGCUGCGAGCACGGGGGGCGAUGCGUGGUGUUAUCGGGGUCGGGGGUGGGAGCGUGCGCGUGCGCGGGGCCGUGGGGCGGACCUCACUGUCAGCAGUACGUGGGACACGACCACGCCUGCCUGGAGGCCAUGUGUGCCCCGCCCGCCCUUUGCGUGUGGAAACCGGCACUGAAUCCCCUGGAGCCCGGCACGCCGUACUGCGUGUGUCCUAUGGGGGUCGCGUGCGCAGGCGUGGAAGGCGCUGGAGGGGGAGGGGGCGGGGGCGGACUGGCGGGUGCUCUGCUGGCACUGUUUGCGCUGUUGGCCGCAGUACUCGCUGCGUUAUACUUGUUACAUCGCCGACGACACGGCGCCUUCAUACACGCGCGCCUGUCAGACAACGUGGAGAUCAACAAUCCGAUGUAUCUUGCCGACGACGAACCAGAGCCCAGACCACACUCGAAUGGUGGUAAUCAUUUUGCGAACCCUGUGUACGAGAGUAUGUACGCGCCGCCACAAAAUAACCCUGAGGAACAAGCGAAUUUAUUAGCGGACGGUGAUGGCUCACCGCCGCCGCCGGAACACGGUGCGCUUCUGUGAACCCAUACAUACAUACACAACUUCAUAAUACAACAACAGAAUCAAUAAUAAUUGUAGUCUACUUAAAACGUUAUAAUUAUAUUUGUUGUAUGAUGUCGUCUAUAAUGCUUAGUGAACGGACGAUUUCAAACGUUCAUGACAUUUUAUUAUAGUAGUCCUAAUCGUUAGAAUGCGUCACAUUCGUCAUGAUCUACUUACUAAUCACUUGUAGAUAAAUAAUUUCUUUAAAGUGACAAUAUAUUAAGAUGAAUUAUGAUAUUUUAAGAUUUCCCUUUUUUUAUCAAUGUACUAUUACAUAUCCAAAUCGACUAUACUUGCCUUCUUAUGAUAUUUAAUAUUUUUAUGAUUAUAUUUCACUAAUGUAAUUCUUGGGCUGUGUUCUGUAUUGCCAUUCGGAAAAAAAACUCUCUUAAAAUGGCGAUUAUCAAUUUAAUGUCGGAACUUGCCAAAUCAAAAAAAGACUUAUCCGUUUUAUGUCUGCUACAUGGGAAUGAUACCUAAAAUACGUAUAUAGGGAAGCCCGCGGAUUUUAAAUAAUAAUAUAAAAUAAAUAUUUGAAUGUAUCAUAUCUCAAAGACCAAAUAUGAGGGUAAUUUGAUAUAUCUUAAGGAUAUAGUGACUUAAUAUACGAGAGUAAGCGAAAGUAUUUUUCUCGUGAUCGAUCGACACGAUUAUAUGGGAAAUAACAUUUAGUACCUAAUAAUUUUAAGGAUUAUCUUAGUAUCCAGAAUCGAUUAUGGUAACCUUUAUCAUGUUCCAUUCUCUUAGUGUUCGUAAUAAAACUCAAUGUGAAACCUUAAUUAUGGUUAGUGAUAAUUAUUAUUGUAAUUAAAUUUUACGUGUAAUCGGUUUAUAUUUUGUAAAUAUUUUUUAACAGCUAAACAUACGACUACGGCUCGAAUCUCAAUACUUGAAAAUUUCAUUCAAUAACGUAAUGUUUGAAAAAAAAAACUACAUUUCUACUGAAAUGCUCAACAGAAAAUAUCAAAUACACGUUGUGCCAUAUUAUAUAGAACUAUUAUUUUGUUAGUACCUUUAUUGGAUUAGUAAUAAUUAGCGAUAUCUUAGCGUUUUGCGUCGUAUCGCGAAUUUUCGUAUAUUAAUAUGAUUUUUUAAAGUAGAUUAUAAGUACAAUUAUUUUUACGGCCAGUUUUGACUUUAAUAAAGAAUUUGGACGGCCUAAUAUAUGGAAGAUACAUUCCUGAAGUACAUUAAAUACAAUUGGGUGCAGUUACGCAAAUUGGAGUAUCAUCUUAUGCAUAGAUUAUUCUAGAAUGUUUCUUAAAAAUCAAAUUAUGACUUGACAAUAUCUAGUAUAUAUGUUUUUUCUUUUAUUAUACCUUAUUUAAUAAAUACUCAUUUUAAACAAUUAAUUCACGUAUUUAUACGUGGGUUCUUUCCAAUUUGCAUAACGAUUUCCAUUUAUCAAAUUUGACAUUUACGUCUUGACGGAUUUAUCGGCAGCUACUGUGGUUGUGUUAAUUACUCGCGUUUGAGUUAUGAUAAUUGUGAUUAUAUUUCGAUAUUGAUUACUAUGAGACUGUGUCUGUUGUACAUUUUAAAUGAAUAGUUAAAUUUACUUUUAGUUUAAAUUGUAUCCAAUUUAUAUUCUACAAUUACAAAUCACAAAACUUAAGAAUCUCUUUUAUGUUAUAAAUUUAAUGUAUGAUUAAAUAAAUGACGUGCUUAUUA